GUUCAAAGUGUAGCCAUUGGAUAUCAGUUCAGUAUAAUCCUGAUCUACUUCAUUCAUCUAAUCCCACACUAGCUUAUCUUGACCUUUUAAAUGACUGAUCUAAUAUUGUUAUGCUGUGAAGGUUUCAUAUCUUGUGUUGAGUGUGGGCGUGAUCAUCCAUUAAAGAGGUGGAGUUUUGGCUCUCCUCUCACCACCUGGUGUCGGUAUUGUCACACGUCACUUGUCCUGGGAGCAUCUCAGUGUAAAUUCAUCAUCCACCAACCAGGAGAAGGUGUAUUCAAUGAGGCUAUUGAAGGACAGAGAGUGAGUGCUAAAAAGAAGAGAGUGCCUGAUUUCAUUGAGGGAAGACCAUUACCUAACACUGGGACUUGUCUACACUAUAAGAAAAGCCAUCGCUGGCUCAGGUAACACUGAUAUUGAUAUUAACACUGAUAUUGAUAUUAAUGCUG